GCCUAAUGGGUACUGUUCAAUGGCGUAGUUCUUCCACUCUUCAAUUACGAAGAUGAUCCUCCACAUGGCGUGACAAAACCCGUGACAUCAUAGUAAAAGAGCUAAUCGCUGAUCCGGGCACGAAUACGGAUACGAAGGUCUAGAUUGUCGCAGAUUAGACAGCUUGAUAUGAUAUCUGAUCUACCGGCUUCGCUGGAAAGUCUUAAAACCUCUGGUGGAAGUUCAUAGUUCAGUAUAAAUUGAACUCAGGACCCCUAUGUCAGCUACUUGUUCUGUCACCUCUUCUUUAUCCUGUUAAUCCCAAGCCCUUACAAACGAAUUGAUACUGAAUAGAAAUACUAUGAAGGUCCCUUUCUGGUUGGUGGCAGUGACUUCCUCCCUCACCACGGCCUUUGUCAUCCCCAACUACCGACAAACCCUACAUGACCUGGAAGUUGUCGAUGGAGAUAUAAAUGAAAACGCAGACUUCGACGAUAUCCCGACAGCAGUCUAUGACACCGCAUCGGACAUCGAAGAAACCCUAGACGACACUCUCAGCUACCUCGAUACACUCCACACUAUCGCAGAUUCCUACUUCAACAACCCAUUCGACGAUGACGAAGAAUGCCUCCCAGAGGACAUCGCUGAUCUCCCUCAUUUACGACCCCCGCACCACCCACCCUCCGACAAGACUAUCUACGAACUCAUCACAGAAAGCAAAUACACAACCAUCCUAGCAAAACUAAUCAAAGACGACGAAGAACUAACCCACCUCCUCAACUCCACAAACACAAACCACACCCUCUUCGCCCCAACAGACGAUGCCUUCAAACAAAUCCGCCACCACCCAGACCACAAACCUUCUAAGGAACUCAUCCGCGCCGUGAUCAAAUACCAUCUCGUCCCAGGCCUCCACGACACCUCCAGCAUCUUCCACACGCACACCCUACCCACCCUCCUGCAAGACCCAUCCCUAGGCACCAAUCUCCCGCAAAGACUAGCAGCAAGAGUCGGCUGGAGAGGCCUAACCCUAAACUUCUACAGCCACAUCGUAGCCCCCGACAUCGCCGGAACAAACGGCCUAAUCCACGCCAUAUCCGCCCCCCUCCUCCCACCACCAAGCACGCAAACCCUCCUCGACAUCGUCCCCACCCAAUUCAGCACCUUCAACCUCGGCCUCCUCAAAACAGGCCUAUCCUCAUUCCUCACCACCGACUCCAAAAGCAAAGGCCUAACAGUCUUCGCCCCCUCCAACACCGCAUUCCAGAGACUAGGGUUCAAGAUCAACGCGUUUCUUUUCUCUCCCGUCGGGGAGAAAUAUCUCCGCACGCUCCUCCAGUACCAUGUUGUUCCGGGGCGGACGCUUUACUCAGAUGUUAUUUAUACGGAGAAGGGGGAGAUUAAGCCGUUUGGGGUGAAGGGGGUUAAGCAUUUGGAUUUGCCGACGUUGUUGGGGGAUCGGAUGGUGGGGGUUGAUGUGGUGAGGUUUGGGCCGUAUGCUUCGUUGAAGGUGAAUGGGGUUCAGAAGGUGGGGUUUGCGGAUGCGUUGGCGGAGGAUGGGAAUGUACAUAUUGUGGAUCGGGUGUUGAUUCCGCCGAAAAGAGUGGUGGAUGCUGUGGAGGAGUGGGAGGAGGAGGAUGAGUUGUCAGUGGAGGAUUUGAAGAGUCGGCUUGCGGAGUGGGUGAAGGUUGAUGAGGAUGAGGAUGAGGAUGAGGGAAGUGAGUUGUGGACUCAUGGGUUUGAAUUAUAGGGGUCUGUCCGCUUGGAUUGACGUGGAAAGUACAGUACUUGUGUGCUACCUGAUCUACUGGAGUCUCUACAGCAUAGGAUAACAGUGAAGAAACCAGUAAACAUGAUAUUUCUGUAAUCUGUUAUCUUUGUUCGUAUAUCAACGGCAAUCGUAUUUUCAAAGCAACGCAAACAUCCGUUGCCGGGGUGUCCAUAAAUCAACUUAGAUGUAUGAUUCCAGCUUUC